AGCGAAUAUUGUGUUGAAAAAGAAUAAUUAACAGAUUAAAUGGCGGAUAACGACACAGAGACUGUGUGGAAGACAACUGUUAUUGUCAGCUCUUCCCUUCAGAAUAAUGAGAUUUCAGUGCUGCUUUCAGCACAGCAGCACCUAGUUCGGUACUCAGACAGUAUUGAAGCCGGUACACUGGUCUUUCCUCUCUCAGGUGUGGCGUUCUUGCUGAUCAGCCCAGAUGAGUUUCCUGAAAAGGCUGAUCCUGAAGACAAUUUUUUUCAGAGGAUUGGAAAGUUCAUCCAAGUCCACAGAAACAGCUUUUUUUUGCUCCAGACAUCAACAUGUGGCACAAAAGAACUGGAGAUUGUGUCUGCAGUGCAGCACAGAUUCUUUGGCAGUAAUCUCAAAGUCUUACCAGUCAUUAGUAACAUGGAUGCUGUGACAGGAAUGCUGACCAUCGCUAAAGCCACCAGUAAGCCACAAGUGGACAGCGUGCGGGAGCGGAUGCAUUCAGCUCGAGCUCACAUCAUCCAAAAAAGCCUUAAAACUUUGUUGAAGAAAACAGACAUUUUUAAGGCUAUUUAAUUUUAA